AUGAGAUACAUGAUCUCCAGCUUCUUCUCUUCCACAAGGUGAGUGCCUGUCAUAAACAAGUUACAUGAACCCCAGUCUCUUGAGCGGUGAGACCUUUCAGGGACUUCAAGCUCACACCCGGGCUAUUUCCCCUGGAGUGAAGGUCACUGGAGACCAAUGGCAUUUCUGUGCGAUAUGGCUUUAUUGGCAUAUAUGUACAGGCUGAGCCUAGCACUGGGUUCAUCACAGAGUGCAAGACAAGUAUGCGUGAGAUUGUUAAUGGAAAAGGAAUAUAAAUAAAAUAGAAAAAUAUCUCAAUCCUCCUGUCUCGAUCAUGAUGAAUCCACGUCUCCUCCCACUGCUGAAACAAAAUCGGAUUUAAACAAAAAACAAAACUCAAGUGAAUUUUCUUAACUGGAAUUUGCCUCUGGAGGAAAGAAAACCAGGAGUUGACUAUAUGGUUAAGGCGGGGGGGGGGGGAGGCGAAAAGAAAACAGAGCAGAUGAAAGGGGAGAAGGGGUAGGAGGGACAAUCGUUGGCUGUUGUCAAGAAAAAGUGUUACCUAGCAACUUUGACACAGUCGGGGGACAAAGAAGGCAGACUUUUGUUAUGUACAGAAGUGAGAUUAUUUUUGCAGCCUUUGGCCAGACAGUAAGUCAAAAGGACACCCCACUCCCCACAUGGAUGUGGCAACAGCUUAAAUGGUGAGUCGCUCCUUUAUAAAUAUUGAAUAAGAAGCACAUCUGGGGUUUGUUGUUGUCUUUGUUCAAAUGCCAUAGCUGCAGGCCAAAUUAGCUUAUGCAGAUCCUUUAAAAAACAAUUGCUUUCUGAGAACUCAGCAAGGGGGGCGGGCAGAGAAGAAAGGGAGUGAAAGCAAUAAAUAUACUACCUCCUAUAUCAAAUUUCCAUAAGUAUCCUGCAACGGCUUCAAAAACAGCUGAGAGACAAGAGCACUUUCUUUCUGCUUCUUACUAGGCAUUUAAAUUAAUUGCAUACGGCUGCUGACUAUGGACCACCUUGAUUUCCAAGCAUAUGCAGUAUAUUUUUUCUUGUUCUGUUUGACUAACUGCUAUAAUUUCUUUUCACGUCUUGUCCCAUAUUCAUCUCGGAGACUGGACAUUUUAUGUAUUUGUUGCAUAUGUCUGUUGGAUGGUGGCUCAAUUAGGGGCCCCUCCAGACCUGUUUUAUCACAGGUGUAUUCUGCAACGCUUUCUUGACACGACAAUAGUGCAUUAGUUGUGAACUUUUUCUGCUCUUCUCUGUUCUGGGAUGCUGCCCCAACACUACCACACUACUGCUGUCUGGAGGGGCUACAGUGCAACAAAAGUGGGCAAAAACAAAUGAGAACAUGUAUGUUUUAAAAGGUGAUGGGAUUUCAGCAGGAAUUUACAGGCUAUGCCCUGAUGGGAAGUGAAGCAGCUUGAGCACCCCAAAAGUUUUGCAGCUUCAAACACAGUAUUCAAAGCAGUAUAAUGUCUGACUGCCCCAAAAGCACCAUGAGCAGAAAUCAUCAUGAGUGUGGAAUAAAAAGGAAGUGCCCACAGUUUCAACAGCCCCCCCUUUUUUGCAAAAUAUUUUUUUUGAGAAAGUUUUCAACAUAAAAUACAAUAAAAACCUAUCUAAUCUAAAAAAAGAAAAAGAAAGAGAGAAAGAGAAGCGAAAAGAGACAAUAAAAAGCAAGAAAUAGGAAGGUGAGAGAGAAGAAAAAGAAAUAAAAAGUACGGUAGUUGCAUCAUAUCCUUUAUCCAUAUACAGAAAAGUAGACCUUCCUAGCUCUCGCCUGAGAACUUCUGUUUCUUACUCCAGCCUCCCACCCUAGGAGAUCCUUUCUCCUCUGUCUCCCACACCAGCCAGUCAUGUGACCCUUAACAAAGAAAAGGAAGUACAGUGGUACCUCGGGUUAAGUACUUAAUUCUUUCCGGAGGUCCGUUCUUAACCUGAAACUGUUCUUAACCUGAAGCACCACUUUAGCUAAUAGGGCCUCCUGCUGCCGCUGCGCCGCCGGAGCACGAUUUCUGUUCUCAUCCUGAAGCAAAAUUCUUAACCCGAGGUAAUAUUUCUGGGUUAGCGGAGUCUGUAACCUGAAGCGUAUGUAACCUGAAGCGUAUGUAACCCGAGGUACCACUGUACAAACUUUCCAUUAUGGGUGAAAUUGACUAGAUCAGAAGCUGCUUAGGAUUCGGUUGAGUCAGUUUCCCUAUUCUUUUCACUUCCAUAGGACAUGAAGAAGCAACUCCAAAUGCGAGAACCCUAACCCGUUCCCACAAAUUACAUUUAUACAUUGACCAGCCUACUGAAGCUGGAUCAAGACCAGUGCCUCCACAGGAGAUGGUGGCAAAUAAAGAUUUGUCAACACAGUCUGAAUCAGACUGUGAGUGAAGUAGCUACCUCUUCACUGUGUCCAUUCAGUCAACUCCCCUUCCUCCUUGCAAAUUCUUCCUCAAAAUCCAUUCUCUCUUACAAGGACUUUCCUGGUCCACCACAGGCUCACCUGUGCUUUCUACCACUAUGUAAGCAUCCCUGGAUGGUACGGGCCCAUCUGCACAACAUAAACCCCUCUCCACGGUUGCCUUUUCUGUAAGAGGCGCAGGCAGAGAGUGAUGAGAAAUAGGACAUUGUGUCAGUUCCUGGCAUGGCCUUGAGACAUUACACUGCAUUGCACUAAAACUUUUGCAAUGCCACAAAAGGAGACCAGCCUGUUCUCAGCACUAGGUGUACUACAUGUGUACAAGCUCAUCAGAAGAACUGCUGGAUCAGUUCCACAUUGUGUUUUCCACAGUGGCCAACCAGAUCUUCUAGAAGGUCCAUGAACAGAGUGUGAAGGCCAACCACUAUGACUCACUCCCAGUAGCUGGUACAAACUACCACACUACUUUUGAAUCAGGAUGUUGAAUGUAGUCAUCAUGGCUACGAGCCAUCGACAGACUUCUCCGUGAAUUUCUCGAAUUGCUUUUUAAAGCCAUCUGAGCUGGCCAUCAUCAGAACCUGGCAGUAGCGAAUAGUAUUAAUUGUGUCUUAUACGGAGAAAUCCUGUCUUUUGUCUCUGCUACCUCUACUUUUUUGAAUCUGCUAUCAACCAAUUUCUGUGGCUGACUCCCAGAUUCUAGUAGUAUGAGAAAAGGGGAUAUAUGUUUCUCCAUUUUUCCCAUCUAUGCAUAAUUAUAUAAACCUCUAUAACAGCCCCACUUAGUCAUAUAUCUAUUUUUCUAAGCCAAAAGGACUCUGGUGUUUUCACCUUGAUCAUUUGGGUUUCUCUUCUCUGCCUCUUUUCCUACUCUAUUACAUCCUCUUUGAGAUGCUCAACCGGAACUGUACACAGUAUUUAGAAUGAAAGAAAUGUGAAGGCAUCUGCCCCAUCCUUGCCAAGAAUAAAAAACAAAAGCAACUACCUUUGUUGCUGAGACAGUUCGCUGUCAUGAUAGGAUGGUGAAAUUUGUUUUUGAACUGAAGGGUGGAGGGAAGUAUUUACUUUCAGUAACAACGGCACAAUCUAACCAAAGCAUCAUUGAUUUCUAUAGAAGAGUAGUAGAGCAUGUGCUUAAGUCAGAGGUUUUCAACCUUUUUGAGCCCACGGCUCCCUUGACCAACUACAUUCUUUCUGUGGCACUGUGAUGCCUGGGACUUGGGCUCAGAACCAGAGGAGUCUUAGUCCGCACUGAAUCCUUUGCCUCAGUCGGCAUCUGAACCAAGUCUGGGGCUUGAUUCUGAAGAGCCCCAGUCUGCAAAGGUUCCCCUGCAACAAGCACCAGCUGAGCCAAGUCAGGGGCCUGAGCCUGCCCUGGCUCCAGAUGCAGGGAUUACCUUGUUGCCUUCAGCUGGGCAACCACUCACAGCUGCUCUGCUUCCAGUUGGGUCAGGAGAGGCUGAGGCGGCCUCUGGGUCUAGUAACCCACCAAUAUUUCCGGAGCUGCAGAGACUAAGGUCUGAGAGAAGGAGAGACCCAAGUGCUCGCCUUCGGGCGAGACAGGGAGUUGAGUCACCAGGGGAUCAGGACUGGCCGUUACCCCGACAAAGAUAAAAGGCUGCCGGACCCCACCCCAGAUUGCGGGACCAACAUUGCUGUUUGCCAGAACCUGCCUGAGACCCUGUGCCUGACCUAGCCUUAUUUCCUGGUGUCCUGCCUUGGCUCUGUCGGACUGACUCCUCGUGGAAUCCUUGGAUUCAGGGCCGGACCUGGACCACGUUGCUCAGGUUAACCCCCGGGCCCAGCACAGACACCCCUGUGGGGUCAGGGGCCCAGUUAUGUCACCCCUUGCCUGCAGAACUGGCAGUCUCUUACCCUUUUCCAAACAACCUCCCUUGUGGAGUGUUUCCUCAGCCUCCUUUCCUUGAGAGUCCUUCAGGCAGCCGCCGCUGCUGCCCCUGGUCUCUGCGCUGCGUCCCCACCCCACCCCCACCAAAGAGAGAUGCCUCCUCACACUGCCCCACAGGGGCCUGGGACUUGUCUGCCCAUUUCCAACAGCAAAGGCUGGCAGACUGGCUGUCUGGACUUCCUUGCCCACUUCCUUCCUUGCUUGCUUGCUUGCUUGCUUGCUUGCUUAAUCCGAGGCCAUCUCAGCUCCUGGCAACUGCACCCCCUAGCCAGCCACAGAGGCACCAUACACCUGGGGAGCUUAUACCCAGGGCUGCUGCAACAAAGAGGUACACAAGCCUUUGGGAGGCAGAGAUGCGAGAAGGCAUCAGAGGAGGGAGGGAAGGAAAGAAGGACCGAGGCCAAUGUUGCCUGUGGCACCCCUGGCCACCACUCAAGGCACUCCAGGGUGACAUGGCACACUGGUUGACAACCACUGGCUUAAGUAUAUUCCAUUGAAAGGGGGGUUUCAAUGCUCUUCAGAUGGAUGAUUGCAUCUGUUUGUAAACCAAAAAGUGUGAGGGUUCAAGCCCACCUGGAAGCUGACUGAGGAAUCCUUUCACCCAAAGUCAGAAAUAGGAAGAGCAGCUGCAGGGAGUCACUGGUAAGAGGGGACAGACUUCAGAGAUAACACUCUUUUCCAUUUGGCUGGGAAACGGUGCUGGGUUACACUUGAUAUGGGAAAGCCAGGUCCCCAAACUGAACAACGGUUUCAACAAUAAAUUCCAGGCCUGGUGCUGCUCAAAUCAAGACCCUAAUUGGCAAUCACAUUUCCAUGAGCCUAAAUGGUACAUGCAAUAUCUUUCCUUGAGUGAAAAACAUAUACCAGAGGUGGGGACUACAGUAGCCCAGAUGUUGAUGGACCCCAACUCCCAUCAGUAACAUGUAGGGAUGAUGGGAGUUGUAGUUCAGCCAUAUCUAAAGGGCCACAGGUUCCCCACUCUUGCUAUGUAUCAUCAUACAUGUAGAAUAGGAAUAUCCCUGCCCAGGAAUGGUAGCAGCGUUUGAAUAAACAGGACCUAGCAGGGGCUAGUUAAUAUUGCAGUGCAAGUUGCAUGAUCACCAUUCACAAAUUCUGAUUACUAUCAAUGAAGAAAGAUUCCAGCAUUCACCUCCAGUAAUAGCUGUUGGCUCUGUUCACCUCCGUUGGGCAAACAAAACUUUGAAACCAUAACAUCUUAAUGUAAUUAAUCAGCUGCUUUCCAUAUAGCACAUGCUGUACACAGGCCUAGAUGGAAACAUCAUCAAAGCCAACUUAGGCAGCGCUGUGGGGCUUCAAGAUAGCAUCAUUAAACUGAGCUGUGUUUCUGAGUUUCUGUUUUCGUUUUGAUAAGAUGCUUCAAUGCUUCUUCACAAUUGCAUCUCUUUUAUUGAUGCUGACGGUGCAACGUGUGUGUGUUGAACAGCACACAAUCCUUUGAGACAAAGAGCUUGCUGGGUCUUCAGAAUAUGAUCUCAGUGGCACGGCCAAGACUCCAGGUCACCUUUCAAAACUGUCAGAAGGGAGGGUGUCUUUAAAUGGCCAGUUCUUUUGUUCUUCAGCAGACCUGUUGCAGACUCUGUUUCUCAAGUUCUCGUUCAUCUCAUGACUCAGGCUCCCUGUCAUAGAGUCUCUGGCAUUAAAACCUUUCCUUCACACCUAUGCGAGAUUGUUCACAUCUUCCUUACUUGUGGCAGUCUGUUUAAGAGUGGCUUUUAAGGUUAGUACAACAUUUGGGAUUAUUGACUUCUUUAUAGAGAGAAAAAUACAAGAACUCGCCGGCGUUCAUCUAGACAUUGGAUUCAAUCAAGUUGGUUGGAUUCCCUGGAGUGUAAAAGAUAACGUGUAACAGUUAGGCCAGAUCAGAGCAAAAUCAAUGUAUUUUUAAAGGCAUUCACUUCAGUGGGAGGGAAUAGAAAUGUUUUAAACUGUAUUGGCUUCCAGACAAUGUGUUUUUAUUCAGAAUUUAUUCAGAUUUGCUUGUUUAUACAGCAUCAUGUCAAGCAAUUGUUAUCCCACGCUUUUUCACUGCUUUUCCAUUGCCUUCCUUGCUGUAGAAAGUCAGGUUAUUUUUGAACCAGGCUUAAUGUAUAAGAGCACCAGAUCCAAAACCAUUUUAAUUGCACAAGCUGAAUUUGCUGCAAUUCUACUUGCAAACUCGCCACAGUCUAGAAGCGCCCUGUCUCACUAGAAAUGGGGGUGUUUGCAAUUAUUUAAAGUUGUUUGUCAAACUAUUUUUGCACGCCUUUGUGGAUUUGGAACAAGGAGCCUGGGUACUACGUAAGCAGCCAAGGGAACCAAAUUUCACUGUUUUCCUAGGAGAGACAUCCUUUAGGCAUCCGUUGUUCUGCAAGUUGUAAAAAAAAUUUUUAUAACUUUGCCUCUUCUCUUUUUACUCAGGACCAUCUACGAAAGAGGAGAUGGGGGAUCUGAAGAGUCCAUUUGCCAGCCCCUUCACAGGCAAAGACAUCACUGUUCUGGCAGGGAAGCUUAAACACAUGGCCCUGAAUACCCCACUCCGUUUCAGCGCUCAGGCCUUGAGACCCCAUUCCAAGAACAGCGCUCGGUUUGGCUGCCUCAGCCAUCACUCUUUCUUCUCACGGCACAAUCCCCACCCUCACAGAGUCACUCAUAUUCAAGGUAAACAGGCAGCAGUGCCAUCCUGUACAAGUCUGUUCAGAAGUAAAGUUCAGGCAUGCUUUUGUUAGGUAAUGAAAAUCCGAAAGCGCUUAAAUAAAUAAAUAAAAAUGUGCAAAAGUUGCAGCACAAAAUUGCUGCUUAUAGGUGUAAAUUACAGUGGCAUAUUUAUGUGCUUUGCAUGCAAUAGAAUGCAAAAAGUACAAUGUGUGACAAUUCAAUUAGCUCUUUAAGGCAUGCAACAACUACAAAAAUUCCUCCGGUAAUUAAUACCCUAAUGUAGGCUCACCACGCCACAGAAAGAGGCUGUGCAUACACCAUACAUUGAAAGCACAUGACCUCCCCCAAAUAACACUGGGAAUUGUAGUUUGCCAAGGGUGAUGGGAACUACAGUUCCCAGGAUUCUUUGAGGGGCGUUGGGUGCUUUCAAUGUAUGGUGUGUACAUAGCUGGAGUCUCACCUUUCAGUAAGUUUGAAGGCAGAAUUGGAGCCUUCAAAAUCCGAAAUGGAUUCCAGAAGGGAGUUCUAAAGACUCAGAAGGCACACAGGUGAAGAAUCUGAGUCUAGGAAAUCCUUUCUGAAGCAGAACCAGGUAGCUCCUCCAAUCUCUAGCUUAAGCCAGUUUUCUUCUACAGUAUAAUGUGAUUCUUUCCUGUGCAACUUACCCAUGGAUGCCUUCUUCUGUUGCAGGUUUGAACGGUGCUCCUGUUUGCACAGUUAAUGACGAGUGGUGCGAGCAGACCAUUCUGCCACCUCACCCAAUGAUAAAGAGUCAGAUUCGUGCUUCUAUUUUGGGGGCACCUGGGGCUCAGAUACCCAUCGGAGACCCACAACCUGUUCCAGUCCCCUGGCUAUCGACAGGUUAGUACGCAACAGGAAUAUUUCCAACGCAAGCGCCACACUCAGACUUGCACAACUUUCCAGGGGUGCACACUGGCAAUUUGCAAAACAAGAGUUUUUUUGGGGGGACACCUCCCAUUCACUUCAAAAUGAGCUUUCCCCCACUAUGCAAAUAGCCCACAGGGGCCUUGAUCUGGAUUGGGGCUAAUAGUUAAACCUUCUACACACACACAUCUAUUCCACAAACAUGCUAGGAUCUCAGUCUGGAUCAUGUUCCUCAUGCUCAAAAUUUGUGGGAUACACACACACACACACACACACAUAUAGGUAAAGGUAAAAGACCCCUGGCCAGUUAAGUCCAGUCAAAGGCGACUAUGGGGUUGCGGUGCUCAUCUCGCUUUCAAGCCAAAGGAGCCAGCAUUUGUCCACAGACAGCUUGCCGGGUCUCGUGGCCAUCAUGACUAAACCACUUCUGGCGCAACGGAACACCAUGAUGGAAACCAGAGCACGCAGAAAUGCUGUGUACCUUCCCGCCACAGCGGUACCUAUCUAUCUACUUGCACCAGCAUGCUUUCAAACUGCUAGGCAGGCAGAAGCUGGGACAGAGCAACAGGAGCUCAUCCCGUUGUGUGGAUUUGAACCGCCAACCUUCUGAUCGGCAAGCCCAAGAGGCUCAGUGGUUUAGACUACAGCACGACCCGCAUCCAAAUAUCUGUGCAUAAGGGCACAGAUCUGGAGCUGGUGUAUUUUGUAGCUUGGUGCUUAGAUCUGAUACUGAUAAGAGUCUCCGGGUGAAGACUUUUUCCUGCCUGUUUGGACAAUUACAAGGAAGCCUGCCUCCAAAGGAGAGAGAGCUGUUCGCACAGUCCUGAUAGUCGUAUGAAACAGGUUUUGGUGUGUGUAUGAUUUGUUGCCCCGUCUUACGAUACCACAGAGAGCACUACUGUCAAAAAGCUCAGCUUAGCUUCCUUCCGAGAUCCACUUCACCACCUGCAAUCUAUCCUAAUCAACAAGGGUUGUCAAUGCUAUUAUAUCACAGACUGUGCCAUUAAAUAUCAUCAUGAUGAAUAUGCCUCCUGAGGACACGGUGAUUAAUAGCACCCGCAUUAAAGCAGAAAUGGGGGGGGUGCCUGUUUCUUGAGCUGCCUUGCGUGAUCUCAGCAGGCUGUAAUGUGGUUCUCAGCUAUUUCUGAAUCUGCAUCAAAUUAUUGCCAGGGGUUUAACAGAUUCCACUUGGGUUCACAUCCAUACCAAUAUAUACAAAGCAUUCUUAUACCACUGUCUUAUACCAUUUUCAACAGCCAUGCCGUUUGUUAAGGGUGCUGGGAAUUGUAGCCCUGUGAGGUCAGCACCCUUAAACAGCACCCUUAAAUAAACUUCCAAGGUUUAUUUGGGGAAAUCCAUGGCAAUUACAGUGGUAAAAGAGUGCUUCGUCUGUAUGGCGUGAAUGUGGCCUCGUUUCCGAUCUGUUCCCGAAUGUUCAUCAAGUUGCUGCUGAAUGUUCAACAGCAUUUGAAACAAUGAUCUUCAGUCGUAACCCAAAGGCCAGGAUGCCUCUGUCAAAACUAGCAUAUAAGAAAUAAUAGAAUGAGCAUGCUAGUUUUGAAUGCACAAGGGGUUUUCGUGUAGUGGAACGUUCAGUCCGCCUUCUGAAGUGGUACAGUCCAACUGCCUGCUAUUAAUAUAUCACACAAGACUGCCAGUCAUGUGUUUUGCCUAUAAGACUGUUCCACACAUUACGCACAGAGGCAAGCUCAGGGAGGGAAGCUGCAGCCGAUCCUGGCUCCCACAUGACCGCAUCCCAGCCGCUUUUGUUUUUAUUUCGAAUUUGCCAUCUUCCUCAUUCCUCCCCUCUCUCAAGCAGGUUCUUUGUCCAAUGCCUGGCGAGAAGAAUUGAGGGAACUUGCUGCAAGAGUCAGAGCCGCCUCGUCCACUGAGAAAAAGGAGGCAGUGAGUAGGAAAGGGUGGCGCAUUGUGAUCCCAUACCUUGGGGCUGAUUUGCUAAGGAAGGGGGUGAGCCCAACACUGGGAAUGAAAGUAACCAAGUACAGUGGAUGGGAGCAAAAACAGUCCAGCACAAUUAUUUGUCCAGAUAAUGAGGAAAAAUAGCACUGCUGUUUUCCAUUUUGUAACCCUGCUGAGACUUGGGCCGUCUUCUUUAGUGAUUCUUUCAGAAGAUGACAACUCCUCAUUUUGUUCAUAUCAGAAUAAAUUACUUCUCAUUCAAAGAAUACCCAAAGACGAGUUAGUGGGAUGCUUAACAUACAGGGAGGGGGUGAUAAGCCCAUGGUACAGUGGAUUGGUGUGUCUGACUGUUAACCAGAAGGUUGGUGGUUUGAGCCCACCCAGGGAUGGCAGUGGGCAGGAUUCCUGCAGUGCAGGGGAUUGGAUGAGAUGGUCCUCGAGGUCCCUUCCAACUUUACAAUUCUAUGAUUUUAUGAUAUAGUUACAUGAUGGACUUCUGUUGAAAUGAAUAAGCAUGCAUAACACUCCCCUUCAGGGGGCAAGGAACCUGCAACUUCUAGAUGUUAUUGGACUCUCAUCAUCUCUGUUGGCUAGAACUGAUGGGAGCUGGAGCCAUCAUCUGGAAGGGAACAGGUUCCCAAACUCAGCUCCACCAUGGGCUGGGCUGAGACUGAAACUCCAAGAAGCUAAGAAGAGCCUGCUGGAUCAGGCCAAUGGCCCUUCUAAUCUAACUCCCAUAGUGACCAACCAGGUGCCCAUGGAAAACCCAUGAGAUCUAAGCAACCUCCAGAUUUAGGGAUGUCAAUACUCUAAUCCAUCUUACUUCUCUGAACUCGGAGGCUAAGGUCCAAUAUCAGAGGGCAGGGCACUGUGGAAAGACUGGGGUGGUUCCUAGGCAAAGAAUGGCAUGCAGUUGCUAGCCUUCCCAUUGUUGAAACAUUGGCUCCAACUGACUUUCUGGAGCAGCUGCCUGGGCCAAUUCUCAAUUAAAUAUUUGUGGCCGGUUACACAAGGCCAACCAACUACACGCCACUACCACCACCUCUAGUUUUGUAAGGGUUGGUGCUGAAACUCUACCGGAGGUCAGAAUUAUGGAGCAGCAGAAGACUAGCACAACCAAAAUUUGAGCUUAUCCUCAAAUACAGACAAUACUGGGAGCAGCUUGUUCCAACCUAACCUGGAUGAUGGCUCAAAAAUGAAGUGCUGCCCUUUCUGGGAGGAGUUUUGUUCACCCAGCUCAGAUUCACUGAGUGCUACAAACCACUCAUAUUUAGAAACACAAGAUUCAAGGCUCUGUCUUUCCAUAUCAAUCGUUUAAAGCCGCAGCUCAGUGGUUCAUUCACACACACACACACACACACACAUAGAUAUAGAUAUAUACAGAAAAGUUGGGUGUCUCCCCCUCUCUCUGCCGAGCAGUAGCAAAAGUCCAUAAGGUUCCAGGCACUCGCCCAGGGUUUGGGCUCCUUUGGAGAACUGAAAGCAGCGGAGACCAUUGUAGCUUUAAGAAAUAUGAUCCCCCCCACACACACACCUAUUUAGUCUGCAUGGAUGGAGUCCAGAUUUUAUAGCAUGGUCAUCUCAAGAGGGUCAGUGCAGCACUCAGUCCAAGGCAUCUCUCCUAAUUAUACCUUCCUAAAAACUAAGCCUCCUCUAUUCAGUUUCGUUCUUUUGAUGCUUUGAAGUACUCAUGAUUAGGUUUCACCUAACAAAGGAGUUCCCCUGCCUUCAUCAACACUUGUUGAUUGACUAGGAUUAAAGAUUGGUAAGCACUUAGAACAUUUACCUCUUUCCAUGCUAAUUGCUGAUGCUCAGAAGUAGGUACACACAUUCCAAUACACAUGGAUCUUGAUUAUAUUCUCGACAUUGGACACAGUCUUUACAAAUAACCUCUGAUUAAACCUCUUGCAUAACCCCUUUCUAAUGCACAUUGAGACAGUCUUGCAACAUAUCCCAGUUAUAACAUACAAGUUCUAAUUACAUUCUUUUCAUUCAACCUAAACAUUUAGCACCACAGAUCUAUCUAGAUCCAUCCAUCCAUCCAACUAUACACGCACACACUCUCACAUGUACACAUCAAUCAAUCAAUCAAUCAACCAACCACUCAAUCGUGUUUAACUUUAAGUCAUUACAAAUCUUUCACACACAUAUACACUGUUGGCCACCAGUAGAUGGCUCACAAGCCUCAGCUAUAAAUAAGGAUGGCUUAUUUUGAUUUCAACAUCUAGUACUUUCCCCAUGUCAUAUUUUGGAGUCUUACGUAAAUUUUCUUGAUACUGAAAGGCCACACCUUUAAAUCACUAUUACAACAUUUAACAGUUGUGGCUUCCCCUAAGGAAUCCUGGGGGACCCCUAUUCCCCUCUCAGACUGAUUUAACAGUGCAUCUCUCUUUCCAGGAGACUCUGGGAACUAUAGUUCUGUAAGUGGAAUAGAAGUCUCUUAAGGACUUUCAGCACCCUUAACAAUCUACAGUUCCCAGGAUUCUUUGGGGGAAUCAGUGACUGUUAAAGUGGUAUGAGGGCACUUUAAAUGGGUCCAAAAUGCAUUCGCAAUGGUUUCUUAAGAAAUGUGUUUCCUUUACUGGAGCAAAAAUAGGCUCCUGAGUUUAUGUCUAAGUUAAAGGUUCCUUAUCAGAUCCAUAAUCAGAGAAUUAAUUUGCUGUAAUAUAUGCUAAUAGUGAAUAUGGAGCAGACUGCAAACUCAACUCAGCAAGAUCAGAGCAUGCUCAGUAGACAUGGAAUGCCGAUUGACAGAUGAGAGCAGGUGGGAAAGGAGAACCUGGGCAGGAGGGGAGGGGAAUGGAAUGGAAUGGCGUAUCCUGAAAGAGGGUAUGGCUAGCUUACUACAACUCUGGACAGGAGCACUCUACAUUGCAAUAUUUUGUGUCUGACUUGUUCUUCCAUGUCCAGUUCCUCUACUGUAGCUUGUUGUUGUAUUUUAAGGCAGAAAAGUCUCGGAGGGAGACGCAAUACUCAGAAGAAACAGGACGUCUCAUCCCACCUCCCUCUCGAGCUACAGCUUGCCAUUCGUCCCGCCGUUUGCACAGGAACAAUGCCAGGAAUAAAGGCAAGGAUGCGACCCUGCUCUUCCGGGACCAAGAACUUAUAGUAAGCCAUGCAUGGGGGGGGAAAGGGGGCAAACAGACCCUUCUUUUCUUUUCUUUUAACCUGUACCACAAACCAAUUACAACUAUUUUCCUGGAAAUUAAUUGAUGGAGUAAUAAGAAAAGUUUCUGCUCAAAGCUGAUUAUAAAUUAAAUUUGAUAAUUGAUGGAAUAAUAAGAACAGUUUCUGCUCAGAAUGGAUUAGAAAUUAAAUCUGAUAAAGCAGAUAAUUAUCACACAGAAUUGUUAUGUUUCAUUUGCUUUGGGGAAAAAGUUAGGAAAGCAGCAAAGUGCCUGGAGAUGUUUAUCUUUUUAUAUACCAUUUGGUUGUAAGAAAUCUAAGUGGAUUACAAAACUAUCAAGUAAAACAUUAAUAAAAAAAACCAGUUAAAAACAGGUAUUUAAAAACAUUCAAAAGAUGAUUAAAAUGAACAGUAACCAAAAAAGAGAUAAGUACAUGUAGUUUGCCUAAACAACAAUGUUUUAAACAAGUUCUGAAAAGAGUACAGCAAAGGAACCUGCCUGGUGUCAAUAGGUGAGGGGGUCCAAAGUGUAGAUGCUGCUGAACUAAAGGAUUGAUUUCUUACAAUUGUGGAACGAGUAUUAUAUGGCAUCAGUAACAGCGCCAGUUUCACAAAUUCAAGCAGCUGCAUGUGCUUAUAUGGAUUAAGGUGAUACUUCAGGUAAACUGGUCCCAAGCUGUUAAGGGCCAAUAGUAACACACUGAACUUGGCCCAGCCCAGCGGCAAAUGGGCAACUAGUGCAGAACUCUUUGAAAAGAAUAAAACCUGGUUCUAAAUAGCUACUGUCUGAAUGCCCAAGUAGAGUGAGUGCCCAAACAGACCGGAGAUUCAUAUGACACAACUGUUGCUAGGCUGUGUAACUCAGGCCUGCUGCAUGCUAACCUGCCUGUUUAAGAUCUUAUUCUCAACCCCCACCCCCCAGAGAGUUCAUGUCUCUCCUCUUGAAUACACAAAUCGAUUUUGUCUGGUAGAACUGGGGAAAACUGGCCUUAGUCAACUUUUCCAUAGCCCAUCUCCCAACUUCCAAAAGAUGUUGAGGCAUCUCCCUGAUGGACCUGACUGACUAGUUAUUGGCAGGCCACAACCACCUGUCAACCAAGGCCCUCCUGGAUCAGAAACUCUUUCAAAGAUUACUGUUGCCAGUCCCUCAGCAUUACUGCUACCUUAUACCUUAUAUUGGUAUUAGGGUCCUGGGCAUACUUCUGGCCAGACUCAAAAGGGAUAUUUCCCCUUAACAUGCCUAGAUCCACUUGGCUCAUGCUGCAUGUGUGCAGGGUUUGACAGAGAAAAGCAAGCUAUACCUUGGGCUCUGGGCUAGCUCUGUCCCCUCAUAAGUGUUGGACUCUGAGAAAGCACACCUGUCUACAGAUUGAGGGGUCCUAAGGGGAGUGUGGUGGCAACGGGGAAGAUCUCACACUGCCCAUGGCAUUAGGUUACUCUCCAACACCAAGUAAAAAUUCCCAGGACCUUUCCUGGAAUUCCUAAGCAUUCUAGCGUUGCCAUAUUUUGAAGAGCAAAAAAGAGGAGACUAUGACGGCCAUUCAAAGCAAAUAAAUGCAAUGUGACUCAAAUUAUACCCCUGAAAAACAGGGAAGCGGGUGGCGCUGUGGGUUAAACCACAGAGCCUAGGACUUGCCAAUCAGAAGGUUGGUGGUUCGAAUCCCUGCAACGGGGUGAGCUCCCAUUGCUCGGUCCCAGCUCCUGCCCACCUAGCAGUUUGAAAGCAUGUCAAAGUGCAAGUAGAUAAAUAGGUGCCUUCCGGCGGGAAGGUGAACGGCGUUUCUGUGCGCUGCUCUGGUUCGCCAGAAGCGGCUUAGUCAUGCUGGCCAAAUGACCGGGAAGCUGUACGCCAGCUCCCUCGGCCAAUAAAGCAAGAUUAGCGCUGCAACCCCAGAGUUGGCCACGACUGGACCUAAUGGUCAGGGGUCCCUUUACCUUUACCUUAUACCCCUGAAAAAGAGGGUGUGUCUUGGAAAAAGAGGACACAAGGCAACCCUAAUUACCCUAAGAUAGGUCUCCAUACCUUGCUGCCUGCAAGCUACUAGGUAUAAAUGGAAGCCCACCAAGGGUUUGACCAGCGUCCUCAUUCUGACCCCUGCCUGGGACUGCAGGAAGAGGCGUGGGGAGAUUGCACCAUAGGAACAACGAAUGGUAAGGUAGGGCAAAGUUCUCACCAGCAUAAAAAUUACCGAGAUAAGCCUGUGUGUAUACCCUCUUGACCCUGUUGUUUCAAUGUCACUCCGACCCCGGUUGUGCUGACACUUUCCCACUGUACUCUUCUGCCAACAGAUUUUGGAGCUGCUCUGUCAGAUCCUGCAGACAGAUUCCUUGACUGCGAUCCAGCAAUGGCUGCUCAUGGCUGCGCAGAGGGGUAAGGUGUAUGCAGAGCCUGCAAGGAGCAAAAGCCUUUGGAAAUUUGGAUUAACUCUACUUUGUUAUCAGCUAUCUCCCCCUAUUAACACCUGUUGCAGCUCAGUGGGUUGUUGUCUAAUGCAUCGAAACACUCAGGGCACGCAGCACGUUUGCAACGCCACCUCGAAGCAUAGGCCUUUCCACACAUUACAACACAGCAGCACCCGGAUGCAGAAUGUGCAGCCGACAAGUCAGUGCUGAUUUUCUGGUCAUUGUUUCCAGCUAUGUCUCAUUUGCAUAUAGCCCAGCCAAUGUGGUCCGUGAGUUGGUACCCUGCAUUACCGCAAUGCGCUCUGUGUGGUGCCACCCUUAGAACUGGCCUGGGAGCUGCAGCUAGUGCAGAAUUUAGCAGCUCAGCUGUUGAGUGGGCUGGGUCCAGUGGCAGAGCAAGCCGAUGGGGCAGCCUGGGGAUGGGGCCAGCCACCCACAGGGGCGGGGCCAGCUGGAGCAGGAUGCUCCACAGAGCCUAAGAGGAGUCUGCCUGCCUCCUCCCACUCAGCUGCCCUACAGCAGCUGUGGGCGGACUGUUUGGGGCAGCAUGGAGCCUGCGGGCACUUAAGCCACUGCAUCACUCCCAGGAGGGACGCGUGGCUCAGGCAUGCUGCAGGCCCCGCGAUGAGUGCCACCUGGCAGUUUGUCACACACACACCCUCAGUGGCGACACCCAGGGCAGGGCAGCCUGCCCUCACCGCCCUCCCCUUCCUCCACCCCUGGCUGGGCCAUCGAAACCGCACACAUCACCUCUGCUGAAAUAUCUGCCCUGGCUGCCAAUAUGCCAGCAGGCCAAAUACUUUACUUGCUGGACCACCUCACUCCAUAUAGCCUUGCCAGACCACUAGAUCAUUAGGAACAACACUUUUGCCAGUGGUGCAUGGUGGAACUACCAGGAAUAGGUCCUUAAUAGUGGCAAUGCCAAAAGCAUGGAACUCCCAACUGAUAUUAAGCAAACACCUCACUAUUAAGCAUCGGACACUUAAAGCUUUUUUAUUCAUUCAGGUAUUGUGACUCAGCUGUGUUCAAUCUGCAUAUUAUGAACAGUUUUCUUUGUUUUAUUAAGUUUAUGUUGUUUUAUUAGUGUCUUAGGCACCUCACCCUUUUUGUGACUUAGCAGUAUAUGAACCUGCAUGAUGAAUAAACAUAAUAAAUUAGAUUCCUAGAUAUGCACCUAAAUUAGCAACAUAGGAAUAAUUCCUAAGUGUGGUUCAGGCAUGUUAACACCUGUACAACGCCUUCCUCUAAGGAAGUCCCCAAGUGACUUUACAGCCAAAGUGAAAAUGCAAUAAUAAAAUCACAUAAACGUUAUUAAGCACAGUCCUAUCACCAGGGUUGCCCAAAUGCCUGGGGAAACAAGUAUGUCUUUGCCGGAUGCUGAAAUGAUGACAAAGUUUGUGCUAGUCAGGCCUCCCUGAGGAGAGCACUCCAUCAACAAGAGGCUACUACAAAGAAGGCCUGUUCUCUCAUCACCAACCCUCAGAAUUUCCAAAACUUGGGUCUCCAGCUGUGAAUAAAGACUGGGCCCUAUUUGUAUCUCAUAUGCAUAAAAUGUUUCUUGGAUAAUAUUUUCACAAUGCGCCCUUUAUUUGCAUCAGUGUGUCCCAAGCGUGUGUCUCUAGCUGCUUUUGGACUACAGUUCCCAUCAUUGCAUACCACUGGUCCUGCUAGUUAGGGAAGAUGGGAGUUGUAGUCCAAAAACAGCUGGAGACCCAAGUUUGGGAAACCCUGCUCUAUCUAGAUCCCCCUCAAAUAUCUCAAGGUCUGGGCAGGUUCAUUUGGUUAUUUACAAACUGAUAGUUUUAUAUGGGAAUGAUAACUUGUGGGCUAAUUCUUAUUUAUAUGUGAAAUUGCAUGCAGAAAAAAAAAGAAGGGCAGCUGGAACAAACCUAUUUAUUUUACCUUAAAACUGUGCAGGUGAGAUCUUUUGAUUCCUAAACAUGUCCUCUCCUCUCCCUGCAGAAAAGGACCUUGUCAUGGGAUUGUUGCAGACGGCCACUGCCAAUUUACAUCUUGAUCCUCAGGAGCUGACCACAAGCAUGGAAAGUGAUGGAAAGCAUCCAUCACAGUUGCCCCCAGAUACUUCAGGAUUUGCCCCCAAACAACGCAGCCUUGGGAGAAAUCAUGUGUCCAGGUGCCCUCUUUGCAAGUCCUUUGAAUGUUUGCUAAAAUGAAUUUCUGUUGCAUAUUACAGAAAAUAACUAGACACGUUAUGGGGGAAAGUACUUCUUGACACAGCACAGACUUAAAUCAUGGAAUUUGUGCCCACAAGAGGUAGUGGUAGCAAGCAACAUGGAUGGUUUUAAAAGAAGUCUAGACAAAUUCAUGCAGGGUAAAGCUAUCAAUGGCUACUAGCUGCCCAGAGUGGCUGGGACAAGUGGCUAGGAUGGACUACAAUUAAUACAUUCUCAUUAUUGUUAUCACCUUCUACUUCCAGUAGAGCGUCAAACCCACUGGUUAUAUGUUAUAUAAACACAGGGCUGAAUUUAGGUUUGAUGAGGCCCUAAGCUACUGAAGGUCAUGGGGCCCUUUAUAUGUCCAGCUUUCCUUUGUCAACAACCAAUUGUCACUGUUUUUUGUGUUGAAUAUAUGCUAUACGGUAAUUUAUGGGCCUAAUAGGUAUCUAAAGCCAUCUGCACAAACCAAAAUAUGUAUUUUAUCAAAGUAAUGGUUGAACUGAAAUACAAUUAAGAAGAAGUAUAUUAAUAGUGAAAUUGGGGGAGGGGGGCAAGAGAGUGGGGCCCUAAGCUAUAGCUUGUUUAGCUCAUAUGUAAAUGUGGCACUGCAUGAACAUUAGGGACACAGCCAGCGGACUGCUAAAGUCUCCCCAGCAUCAUUCCUGCUGGAAAGAAACCAUUUAAAGGGCUAUGCAAAUGCUGAAAAUGAACAGAUUGUCCAAGAUGAUCGCAAAAUGACAAAAGUAGUUUUCAUGCCAGAAAUGUUGGUCAAGGUGCGUAGCUUCUCUUAUAAUCAUGUUGGCCCUGGUUUAUUUUGUUGCAGGCUGUCUGUUAUGAGACAAAAACAAGAACCUAUCCCAGAAGAAGAAAAGCCAGGUAAAAACAAAAACAAAAAAAAAACCCUGUAGAAAAUGCUGUGUUUUCAUUGGAAAAUGCAAAGCAUUAAGUAGGUGUCCCUGCGGCAACCAGUGGAAAUGUCCUGCGUAGGGAUCUUAAGCAGGAAAUUAGCUGCUGGAUGUGCUUCAGGUGGGUUGAGACUCAGACUCGAGACUCAGAAUAAGCCAAGGGCAGUGCCCGAUUACACAGCUCAGCUUCCAACAUGUUCCCAUCAAACUAUUUCAUAUGAGGCCAUCUGCGCAGGGUAUGCUUGCUCCUUAGGCUCAGUGAACUACCCUAAGGUGGAGGAGCAGGACUGCAUAUGUAUUGUGUAAGCACUUAAUGUGGAAUUAUGCUUCAUCCCUGCUUUGUGCAUGCUGAACCACACAGAGAGCCAACAUUGUGCCCUCCUGACAUAUAAUUACAGCAGGACUUAUAUAAUUACAAAAUGGAUGGCACAAUCAUUUCCUGUAUUUCUAAAGAAGGAAGGUGUUCUCACCUGGGGCCUAUGUGAAGUCAAGCCUUUGGUGAGCUGCAUCCAGAAAAGCGAAAGAUGCUGGCACUUCCUCAAAAAGCUUCAGGUUUAUCAAAGUGAUCUUUGACUUAAGCAAGGUUUUUCUGUUUGCGUUUUCUGUCGUGGCAGUGGGCCCAGUCCAAAUCAGCAACGCUCCUAGACAUAGGACAUGACUUGAUAUUUCGUAACCAGCAACUGGAGAAAGAAAAUUAGCCAUGUAUGCUUCCCAUGGGACUUGAUAGAUAUUUGUAAUUAACAUUCCUUACUGGUGAAUGUGACCUGUUUUUAAAUAACAGGCUCCCUGAUCCUUCAUUGAAACGGAUUGAUACUUUACUGUUCUGUGGCUAACAAAAUUUAACAAAAUUUCUCCUGCAGAUUACUUUUCAUGAGCGCUUCCCAGCAUUUUGGUCUCAAGUUUAGGUUUUAGUCCGUUCCGGCCUUACUCUUAGACAGUUUGAGGGGACUCCUUCAUACUUCAUAUAUAUUUUUGAAUACCAUUAAAGGGGUGAAAAAUUCUCUAUUACUAUUUCCCCAUCCCCACACACAACUGAGUGGGCCUUUUUGAUCUUUGACCUCAGGCACCAAGUUAACUUGGAUUAUCUUUCCACUUUAUAUUUGUAUAACCCUAUUGAAUUGUCUGCUGAUUCUGGCUUACUUCGGUGGAUGCAAGCAAUCAGCCAUCAUUCAUACCUAUGCUACCUAGUUGCCCAAAGGAGGUUUGGAAGUCUGGUGGUAUGCCUUUAUAGUGUUUAGGGGAGCAAAUCUGGGCAGGGGGUUUACAAAAAUGUGGCCAUAAUCUCUGGUUCUCAUUGUUAAGUUGUAGGUGAACAUAUCAGACGACACAGCGAUUCUUCAAACAGCUCUUGUUUAUUCACAGGCCAGAACAGAACUGAACUGAAGGGUUCAGUCAGCCUGCUUAUAUAGAGCUCCAGUACAUCGUAACUGUAACAACUUUUCUAAAACUAUCCAAUCACUGAACGUCACUUUCGAUCCCUUAUUUGCACAACUAUCUACAGUAUCCCCCUGCUGGCCCAGGGUGAGAACUUCAGUACAUAACACUCAUAUCCACUGGAAACACAUUAACCAAUCCAUCUCAUUUGUGCUUUCCAUUUUCAGUGCACAUUGGCUCUGCAGAGGUUCUCCAGUUUCACCCCUCUGCAGAUGAAAAGCAAAACCAAUCAGACCAAACCAAUUAG